GACAAAAAAAAAAAACAAACCAAACUUCUUUCUUUGGUUCUGUUUGGCUUAAACUGCGCACAAACAUGUCCAAAUUGGUGGGUUAUUUGAGCCAUGUAAACAUUGAACACAUUCAAAUUGGUGUGUUUUCUUCUUCUUUGUUUGUUUGUUCUUCUUUUAGGGAUAGUUCCAACUGUUAUGGGGACUUGAAAAGAAAGUAAAUAGCGUUUUCAAAUAUUAUAUUUGAUGAGAUUGUAAAACAAUAUCCCUGGAUUUGUACCUUUUUCUUUCAUAUCAGAGUGAUUAAAGGGAUUGAAUAAGAACAGUGAGGGUCUUCCAUAGAAUGACAUGUAAAAUGUACUUUUUCUUCUUUUUUUCUUUCCUUUUUCUCCUUCACCAACUCACACUCUUUAAAAAGAGCUUCAAGAGCUGCUUCAAUCCUUCAUCCCAAACCCAAAAAACCUCUAAAGCUUCUCUUUAUCUCUGCUGCAAACUGUUCUUCCCCUUCAUAUUCUACUGGUUUUUCCCUUUUGUUCUAAUGGCUACCUCCAAAGCCUCUGAUAAAGCCUACCCAAUUUAUGAAACUGCUCAAUCUCAAAUGGGUUUUGCUCUAAUUCAAAGAAACUCUUCUCCAAUAUCUCAAAGUGGAGGAGAGAGAAGAGGCAGAAGAAAACAAGCUGAACCAGGAAGGUUCCUUGGUGUCAGAAGAAGGCCAUGGGGCAGAUAUGCUGCUGAAAUUAGAGACCCAACAACCAAAGAAAGGCACUGGCUUGGCACUUUUGACACUGCCCAUGAAGCUGCCUUGGCUUAUGACAGGGCAGCCCUGUCAAUGAAGGGUACUCAAGCAAGAACCAACUUCAUCUACUCUGACACCUCAACUUUCCAUUCCAUUCUCUCUGCUUUUGAUGUCCAAACUUUGCUUCCUAAUUCUGAUACUCACUCCCCUGUUCUUCAUCAAGCUCAAUCUCAGCCCUCCAUCCCUCAAACUUCAUCAAAUCAUCAUGUGUCUGCUAAUGAUCAUGACACCAAUUUCUUCUUCUCUAAUGAUUCCAACUCUGGUUACUUGAGCUGCAUUGUACCUGAUAAUUGCUUGAAACCCCCUUCAGACUCUACCCACAAAACCCAGCUCAAGAACAGCCAUAGAUCCAUUGAAUCAAAUGAUCAUCUUCAAAAAUUCAGCUUCUUUGGCUCAAACUCCAUUGACACACUUCCUUUUGAAGGUCUGGAUGUUUCAGCCAUGACUUAUGGCUCUGUUGUGAAUGAACCAAAUUGUUGUAAUGAUGGAAUGUGGGAAAAACAGCAAAUUUGGGAGAGUAAUGGUGAUGAACUCUCAGCAAUAAUCAAUAGCUCAUCUUCUUCCUCAUCCUCCUCUGCCAUGGUGGCUGAAGAUGAAGCUUUUCAUCCAUUUAUGAACAGUUCUUAUGGUGGUUUGUUGCCUCAGUCUUCUACUUGUUGUCCUUCAGUUCCUCCUUUUGGUGAUGCAUUUGAUUUUGGGUAUCCAUUGCUUUGAGCAGCAAUGGGUUUGAAGUUGGUGAAUCUGAGGCUAAAAGAUAGUGAUUAUUAUGAUUAUUUUUUUCAUGCAUGUACUUUCUCUGCUGCUUUGUAUUUCCUACUGUGAUAUGAAAAAAAAAGUUCAUGUUUUAAUCUCCAAAGCUACUGUUCUC